AUGAGCUAUGCGAUGCAUUUGGGAUUGAAGGAGGAAGUUGAGAGCCCAUAUCGAAGGAGGACCGGACAUUGUCAUCGUCUUCCUGGUCCCUCUCUCUUAGAGGCCACGGGCGACAGUCAACCGGCGCACUCUGUCCUUCAGAAGGAAGACCUAGACGAAGCCGUGGACGAAGCCGAUCAAGCUGCAGCGCAAAUCUAUGAGGAUUUUGCAGCGCUGAGAUUCUUGCACGAGCACCAAGAUUUGUCGUCAGUGGGCGCACGUACUGCUGCUUCAGACUCCUUGGGCUUAGAGAGUGGUCUUAGAGGCUGGCAGCGGCUUCCGGUGAAUCGCUAUGAGCCGCUGCUCCGUGCCGUCUACGAACGCGGCCCCGUCGGUGUGUCAGUGGCGGCCAGAAGUUGGCACUUGUACUCUGCGGGCGUCUUCGAUUAUUGCGACCAGGAUGCGGUCAUUGACCAUGCGGUGACAUUGAUCGGAUUUGGCCGCGACCCGAAUCUCAGCAUCAAAAGCCGAAGAAAGAGCAAGGAAAGGAGCGCAACUAGGAAAAGGAACAGGAAUAGUUUAUUGUUUUUCAAUAUUCAAUAUUCGUUUAGUUUAGUUUACUUCAACAACAUUGUGCCUCAAGCCUCUCUUUCGGUUCCUGAUACCCAAGAUGCGGACCAUUUUCGCUAA